AUGCAGUACCGAUUCGUAUCCGUCCUUGCUGCUAGUGUAUUGGUUGCUGUUACCAGCGCUGCACCCGUGCCUUCAGCAGAGGCACAAACCUUUGGCAUCAGCGAUCCUGUAAGCACCAUUGACCUGGGCAAGCCGUCCACAGUAGUCACCUGGGGUAAGCGCGGCAACGAGCCCACCAACUCAGACGAUGUCCAGCUCGGACCCCCAACAACCGAGAUCAUCUGGAGCAAAGACAAGAAACGCGCUGUCUCCUUCGGAACACCAAAAGACAGUUUCACUCUGGGAAAGCCCAAGACGGUGGUAACAUGGGGAAAGAGGAACGAGCCUGACACCAUCGAGAAUGGUGUCCCAACGACCGUCGUAACAUGGGGAAAAGAGAAACGCGACACGACUACUCAACCCGAUACCAUUGACUUGGGAAAACCUACCACGGAAAUCACGUGGGGAAAGAGGGAUACUACUAUCAACGGCCCAGCGGACACCAUCGAGCUUGGUAAGCCCAGCACGGUCAUCACGUGGGGAAAGAGGGAUACCACCACCGCCGUCAAUCCCGCUGAUAGUAUUGAGCUGGGAAAGCCCAGCACAGUCAUCACUUGGGGCAAGGAGAAGCGUGAUGAUACUCCUGUAUUGGGUCAGCCGGAUUCAGAGACGACGUGGAGCAAACGUGAGGCGGCGAAGCCGAAGGACAGCUUUAAGCUGGGUAAGCCUACUACGGUUGUUACUUGGUCUUGA